AUGGCUCAGUCUUCCUCUGAUGUCUUCAAUCAUUCGACCCCUCCACAAUUCAUAGCGCCUUUCUCUCUUCCUCCCUUGCGCUCACGACAAUUUCCACCCGGGGCAUCAGAUCUUGAUAAGCAGGUGACCGACGAGCGCUCUUCUAGCUGGUUAAGGCGAAAAGACAACCCCAACGGGAUUCCCGGAGCUGGACCUUCACCAACAAGUACAAGAUCUAUUUAUGAUCCUGGCCUUUCCCCUGGAGAGCUCGCAAGUGAACUGAUAAAGGAACCUCAUUCAAAGUUAACCUGCAAAAUCUUAGUCAAGCUGCGCUUGAAGCUGUCAACUGAAUCGCUUCGUUGGCUUGAAGACUUCAUACUACAUCAUGAGGGUUUGCAAGCACUAGAGAUUGUUGUUGACCAAAACGGCUGGCCUCGAAUGUUCAAUAAGGACGACCCGUACAGCCGAAGUCCAUUUGGGGUCGAAGAAAUGAAUGGGCCGAUCCAACUAGAAUUGAUGAAAUGUUUGAAGGUCAUUAUGAAUGCGGACCUCGGGUUUGAACAUGUUUUGAAGCUCAAAGGUCUGAUUAGGUGGCUAGCCUUUUCCUCUUUUGCUCCCUGGCCGUCCUACAAAGCCAAGAUUCAUGCGGCCGAAAUCUUGAGCGCGAUCUGCUCAUUGUCCCUGGAACACGGUCGGAUUACUGUCGUUGAAGGAUUCCUCAGCCUUGCAUCAAAUCCGGAAGACGCCUUCCAAGGAUUGAUAAAUAGCCUCGGAACCGAAAGGACAGAUGAAAUAGAAUGUCGAUCGAGGGCUUCUGACCCUCUUCGAGCUGUCGAAGCUGAUUCCGAAGAGUUGGACUUGGUCUGGGAGUAUCGCUGUCGCGCUUUGAGACUCUGCAAUUCGAUCGGCACAGGCGGGCUUUACUGGUAUGGUUUACUUGUCAAGGCAGACAUCAAUGAUGCUAUAUUUCGGCUUAGUGGAAAUGAUCCUCCCGCUGCGUUCGUGGCUCAAGUCGAAGCUUGGAAUGCAAACUUGGGUGGUCCGGACUCCCCCUCGUCAAAUCACAAGCCGGAAUUGCGCGAUCCUUUGCCAGAGUCCAACUCACACUGGUCACACAGUUCGAUUAAAAGUCUCAUGCGUCUCAUCAAUCAAUUGGAACCCUCCCAAAAGUCGGAGCUGGAACGAUGGUCGUCCAUCGAUGACUCGAUACAUGUCAAUCCACCAGAUGCCUUAAUCAACUUGCUCAAACAGAAAUCGAGGAUCGGAAGUCAUAGCUUCAAAAACCCACCUCGAUGGAGCGAUGGUACAGCUAUAAAACCCCAAACAGAAGAUGGCGAUCAAGCACAAAAGCACAAUGGAAGCCAAAGUCACACGAGAAUCACUACGGAAAUGGACUUCAAAAAGAGACACGCUCCCCCACCGCCCCCACCGCCCCCACCGCCCCCACCGCCCCCACCGCCCCCACCGCCCCCACCGUUAAACAUGCUUUCGAAAUCCCCCCCAACUACAUCUUCCGCAAUACCAGUACCUCCUCCUCCUCCAGAGGCUCCAAUCCUCAUCAAGGCACAGUUUGCGUCAGCGGCCCCCGCACCGCCGCCACCGCCACCGCCACCUCCACCCCCGCCAUUCGGAUCUUUACCUUCUUGCCCAGCCCUUCCUUCCCACGUUUCUAAACCACUGACCAAUAGAUCUCUCUAUAGCAAUUCGAUGACCAGCGUCACAAUAGAUUGUGUGACUUCAAAGAAUCAUAGAACAUUCAGUAUGGCACAAGCAUUGGAAGAAAAAAAUAAUCACGCUCUCAAGCCACGGCCGAUGAAACUCAAGCCUUUCUUCUGGAACAAAAUCCAUAUUCCACACGAGAAAACAGCGUGGAAUUCAUCCGGAGUCGACCCGGCACGAAUCGAUUUGAAAAAACUGUUUUCAGAUUUUGCGGUGGAACCUGCCGGCUCGGACUCGAAAAAUAAAGACAAAACCGACUCGCACAAUGGGAAAAUCACGACUCUUUUGGAGAUCAAUAGGGCAAAUCAUAUUGCAAUUCUGUUGGCUAGCUUAAAAAUCCCCAAUUCAGAAAUCAAACAAGCGAUUCUGUCAGUGGAAGAUGACUUCCUUUCGCUCGAAACACUCAAGGCUCUUCGGCUGUUUUCCCCAUCUCCGGAAGAAAUUAAGACUAUGAAUUCGUUUACGGGGGAUAUCAGUCAACUAGCAAGUUCUGAUAAGUACUUCUUCAGUAUAAAGGAUAUUCCGCGUCUCCAGAGCCGUAUUUGCAGUAUGAUUUAUCGACGAAAGUUUGAGAAUGAGAUUGAGGAACUCGAUCCCGAGAUGAAGGUUUUACAAGUGGCUACCAAGGAGAUUCACCAGUCUAAAAAAUUAAAGACACUUCUGUUGUAUGUUUUAGAAAUCGGGAAUGUAUUGAACUUUAAUACCUACAGAGGCAAAGCUGUGGCUUUCGAAAUCAGCGCGCUGUUAAAGCUCAAGGAAACGAAAUCGAACAAAGGCAGCGGAAAUUCUAGCAUCAAUCUCUUGGAAUAUCUAGUUCAACAGGUCCAGAAGAACUCUGUCAGCUUGUUGGACUUGAACGAUGAACUUUCGCAUUUAGAGGCUGCCUCACGAGUUUCGAUUGCAGAUGUCACCAAUUCCGUCAAAACAUUGGUUAAUGGGAUGGAUCAAGUAAAAGAAGAAGUCAUGCAAGUACGAUCAAUCACCAGCUCGACGGACAAUCAAGAUCAGUUUGUCUCUAGGAUGGAAUCCUUUUUACGGCAAGCAGAAGUGACGAUGAAGUCAACUCAAACCCAGAUGGCCAAUCUCCAACGCGAGAUGGAAGACUUGGUCAGAUACUUUGGCCAAGAAAGCAAUCGCCUGAAGCCGGAACCCUUAUUUGGAACACUCGCCAGAUUCAAGGCGGAGUUCGAGCAUGCAAUCGCGGAGUUAGGUCUAGAUGAGUACCCGGAAGAAGAGCCUUCCUUGGCCAAUCCGCCCGGAAUCGGGCAAGACAACGAAUGGAACGGUCAAGCAGAGACAAUUUCUUCAAGUAACAAACUGCCGAGUACCCCCAUCGGGCAAGGAAGAUUUACUGGUGGUACACAAAGUAGACGACAUACGCGUGUUGGCACUGGUGGUGUUGUCGGUUCGGCGGUUGGCAAAGGGGGGCUGGAUGUGGCGAUUAGAGAGAUCAGGACCGGCUCGAAACUCCGCCCUCUUCACUUGUUCCAACGAGAAGUCGAGGACAGUCCAACCCCACCUUCUAGGAUCUUCCUUACUGGUUGA